AUGAAGAUAUUUUGUAUUUUUCUGACCUUUGUCUUCGCUGUGUCUUGUGGUCCAGCAGUUCCACAGCAAAAAACAAGAGAAGUUGCGGAGAAAAAAAGAGAAUGUCGCCUUGUUCGUGGUGCUUGCAAGCUUGAAUGCAAUUCCUGGGAAUACGUAUAUAAUUACUGCAAUAUUGACUCUGAACCUUGCUGUGUGGUAAGGGAAUACCAAAAGCCAGUCAUAAAAAAGUCAAGUAUUGGACCUAAAACAGAUGUAAAUUAUAAUCAUGUUACAUAG